AACGGUGGUGUGGGUGGAGAGGGAGGAGCUGACACGCUGUCUUUGGUUCCACCAUUUGAUUGUCAAAUUCACCUUCGUACCACAAAUUCUCGGAUCGCGAGGCAUUUAGCAAGGCAACCCCAAAUAGUCACGUUAGCCGCGAAUGCACAAAGUGACAGGAACUCUCUUCCUCGAGCGUGGAUGUCGUCAGGCGUUAGAUCAAAAGACACAAGUCCUACUGCGGUGGUGGCAUUGAAUGCUUUCAACCAAUGCGCAAAUUCACCAAUUUUAUGGGGAUCGCGUGUAGUGGCGAAGAAAUCGGGACCGUCGGACACCAUGGUGUAUCAGUUCAACGGUGACAUUGAUGCAAUUAUCAGACACGGUUCCGAGUCUCGAGGUCUAAACCUUGCAAAAGGCAGAUGCAUUGACACCUUAGGCCGCAUUUGGGGCAGUCCAUGCAGGCAGGAGGGAAAAUACGUCUACCUCACUGUGACCGAUGUGAGAGCGCAAGACUUAAUUUUUAUGAUUGACAAGAAUCCCUAUUCUGGAUUGGCCUCAGCAGCCUACUUUGUGCCCAAAUGCGAAUUUCCACCACCCGCUAAAGAUGAGGUGGAUCUGAGGACGUCGUUUCCAUUUUCACGCUUCGUCCAUGGCAUGGAGUCGUUUAAGGUUGACUUUGCUAUUCAAGGCGCAAACAGUAAUUCGCCGGUACGUCGAUUCACUUUUUCUCACUUUGACAAUUUUGUUUUUUUUUUGCCAUUUUUAAAAAUCCACUGUGAACUUCUUCUUAACCAAAAUGCAAAGAACCUCCUCUCACCUCCUACUUAUUUGUGCAUCAUAUCAAUGCAGGUUGACUUUUCUGUCAACGGAAAACGUCAGUGCUCGUGGUCCGGAAUCGAGCUUAACCUCAAUGCAGGCAACUUUUGUGCCAACAUGCAGAGGGAUGAACAGACCAAUUUGCGAAUAUUUCAUGGCGUAUUUCCAAGGAAAACCAACGUGACACGUGAAAGUUUUACAUUUUCAAACAAUAGGACGUUUGUGGUUGUUUCUAUCGACUACACACAAACUGGUACGUGA